AUGUUGGGCUUGGAAGUUAUUGGUGGAAUAUCUGCCAUCAUUACCAUUCUAGAUGUCUUGAUCAAGAUCUACGACGGUGCCCAAAAUGACACACGACUCCCAGAGACAUUCCUGGCAUCUCGACGUCAGCUUCCCAUCAUUUUAGACAUCCUCCGAAGGUGUAAGAAUGAAAUCGAACCUGAGCGGGAUUCGAUGUCCUCGGACGCCAGUGACGCUUUGGAGAAGAUUAUCGACGCCUGCGAUGAGAAAGCCCAAAACCUGCGGCAGAUUUUUGAAAAGGUCCUUCCGGGUGAUGGUGAAACUUGGCAGAAGCGAUAUGCAAAAGUAAUCCGACGCCUUGGCCAGGAAAAUAAGGUCGAAGAUCUGAUGAUUGCCCUCACGAAAGACGUUCAGCUCAUUCUCAACAGCUGUGCGAUCAGCUCCACUUCGGAGAGACGUGAGAAAUAUUCUCAACUGGCAACUUUGAUCGAGGAAAUGAAAUUACUUCAAAGUUCAACACCGCAUGACGAACGAAACUCCGCGCUGGUUUUCAACAGCGGUGGAGGAUCGCAGACAAACAACGUCAACAAGGGCAGUGGGCAGCAGAUCAAUAAUAACGCGGAGGUUGGGGCUCAAUACUUCAAUUCUGUGACCCUUAGACAGAAGGCCGAUUUCAGCUUCCAAAAACCCGCUGGCGUUUGCCUUGGUCAAGCGCCCCAUCUCGCGUCUAACCUCUUUUUUGGCCGCGAAUCAGAGCUUGCCGAGAUAGAGAAAGCCUUCCAUACAGAUUCGAGUCAAAAUUUAGCUCAGCGGCGUCUGCUGCUCAGUGGCAUCGGCGGUAUUGGCAAAACGCAGCUUGCGCUCGCAUACGCCGAAUCUCCUCAUCAACCCUCGUACACCUCGGUCUUUUGGUUCGACGUUGCGUCCGAAGCCGCAAUGAAGAAUAGCUUUCUAUUGAUCGCAAAUCUUAUUUUUGACAUACAGGAGCCGGAAGCCCUCAAAGACAAGGAUAUCGUGUCGCGAGUUCAUCAGUGGCUAUCCGAUGCCCGGAAUACCGGAUGGCUCUUGAUCUUUGACAACUAUAAUGACCCAGAUCAAUUCAAGAUUGACCCAUAUUUUCCUCCUGCGUCACAUGGGGAGAUAAUCAUCACCACCAGGAGGCGCGAUCUGCUCACUGGGAGUAGUAUUGAGGUCGGACCGUUUCAAAAUAUAGAGGACAGCCUCGCUAUCCUCCAGAGCCGAUCUAAGCGGCAGGACACUCUGUCCGAUCCUUGUGCCAAGCGCCUUGCUGAGAGACUCGCCGGUCUUCCGCUCGCCCUGGCCACUGCCGGAACCUAUCUGCAACGGAGUAUCUUCACGUUUGAACGAUAUCUCCAAGAGUACGAAGAAAGAUGGAAUAUUGACCCUCGGCGGCCCACGCAGCUUCGAGAAUACGAAAAGCUCACCCUGUAUACAACCUGGGACUUGUCGUACGUUCUAUUAGAGAAGAACGACCCAGAAGCAGCAAAACUUCUUGGACUAUUAGCCUACUUUGGAAACAGAACCCUAUGGUAUGGACUCCUACAUACCGGCGCAGCCGGUGUUUCUUCCACCCCUGACUGGAUUUAUGAGAUAAUCGAAAGUGACAUCACAUUUGACGGGGUCAUGAGAACCCUGACCGAAUACUAUUUCCUAGAAGUCCACCCCCUGUUACAAUCAUGGAGUAUGCACAACUGUGUCCAUGACUGGACGUUAGCAACAUUGAACAAGAACAUCAAUUCCCGGAACUACUGGUAUGUCUUUGAUUGUGUGGACAGAUCCAUGACUCAGGUAGGGGAGGAUUUCCUGGGCAACGUUUCCUACUCGCGGCUGGCUGUGCAUGCAUCCCGGCUGGUCCAUCCUCGAUUCCUCCGGAGUGAUCUGCUUUCAGCAAUGUCCCUCAAUCGAUUGGAGAUCGCCCAGCGUCUCGCGCAGCUCCUCAAAGAUCAAAUGCAACUUGCUGCUGCGGAGCAGAUGUACGUGCGAGUAUUGGCGGGUUGCGAAGAAGCUCACGGGUCAGACCAUGCCUCUACUCUACGAGUAAUGAAUGACUUUGGAAAUCUUUAUCUGGACCAGUGCAGGUUUAGUGAUUCAGAAAAGAUGCAUCUCCGGGCGCUGGCGAGGAAGGAGAAAACCCUAGGCAAAAAGCAUCCAUCCACGCUCGACACCGCGCAUAACCUUGGCGAUGUCUACCGCGAGCAGGACAGGCUAGAUGAUGCAGAGAAUAUGUAUAACUUGGCACUGGCUGGAUCUGAGGAAUCCUUGGGGGUCGACCACCCCUUGACCCUUCUCACUGUUCAUAACAUCGGUAUUCUCUACCGUUCUCAAGGCAAACUCGACGACGCUGAGAGAAUGUACAUGCGAGUGCUCGUCGGGGCUGAGAAGGCUGGAGAGGCAGAUCAUGUGUCCACCCUGUUGACUGUCAACAACCUUGGGAACGUGUAUUUGGACCAGGGCAAAUUAGAAGAAGCGGAAAAGAUGUAUUUGCGCACGCUGAGAGGGUACGAGACAGCCUUAGGAGCAUAUCACACCUCCACGCUGCUUGCUGUCCACAAUAUGGGGGACUUGUAUUGCGCACAAGGAAAACUUGAUUACGCACUACAGAUGUACCGCAGAGCAGUUGAGGGGAGGGAAAGGGUCCUGGGCAACAACCACGCAUCGACUCUGCUUAGCGUCAAGCAUCUCGGGGAGGUCUAUCGCAAACAAGGUUACCUGGUGGAGGCAGAGCAGAUGUUGGACAGGGCCGCACUGCGAGAAGAGCGGAUAAGUCAGGCUCAAGGUCAAGGAGGGAGGAUUUAA